UAAUAUUUCCACCUUUCAGUAUAGAUAGUGUUACGGUUCAGUAGGAGUUCAGCCACAGGAAACAGGGAGACACGCUGAAGCGAUUUAACAGAGUUUAUUCACAAACGGAUUUUACUACAAGCCAAAACAAGAAUCAAAACUGCUCUACACUAUACUCGAGAUGAGCACUCUAGCAAUACUAGUGGUGAGGCGGACCAAAAAACUCAAGACGCUAACUCACUGUGGGUAAUACCCAGGCAAGAAAGGUUUUCAUGAAACUUCACUAAAACUACAAAGCUCGAAAUCCUAACAUAACAAUAGGCUCGAAUGCACUCGUCUAGAGACUCGAACUAAUAGUAACAAAAGGCACAAAAAUGCCACUCAGAAUAAGUUCGAUAAACUUAUCACAGACUGAAACUAGGUAGAUGCUCGGACCGGGCUCACGCUGGAGGACCUCAGGUGAACCGAAGCCACGGAGAACUUGAGACGGCAGGUACGUAUGAAGUGGACGCCACGGAACGGCUGUGAUGAAUCAACCCCGAGUGAGGAAGACGGCGAAGAAUCCAGCUGCCUCUUCAGUAUAUUUCCAAGUGUCUCAGCGAACCCUCAUCAGUUGGUUGGAGCAGACAAAGAUGAGCUCCCUGCAGGAGGUGAACCCCGUGGUGCUCGGGAUCAGAACCCCAACGAGUCUGCAGAGUCUGGCUGCACUCAUCACAGAGCAGAUCUCGCAGGGUGUAAAUAAACCUUUCAAGAGGGUGAUCGAUGUCAGCUCAGGUGAUCCUCACAGAGCAGGGAUGAGACCCAUCUCAUUUGUUCGCCAGGUCUUGGCAGUGUGCUUAUACCCUGAGCUCCUCAAAGAAGAAAGCCUUCAUCUAGAUGUCAGGCAGAGAGCGCAGAGGCUUCUGGAUACCUGUAAUGGAGGAAGCGUGGGCUCAUACUCUGUAGCUGCCUGUGGCAUACCACAAGUCCUGAAAGCCGUUGCUGAGUUUAUCACGAGGAGAGAUGGUGGUGUGUGUUCACGUUCUGAAGACAUCAUCUUCUCCAGUGGCUCACAGAUGACUUUGACGCUUUUUUUCCACCUGCUGGCCAGUGGGGAGGGGGAGGCUCAGACAGGGGUGUUGACCCCCAUGCCCUGCCCACACACACUGCCCAUUCUGCUGGAUGUGACCGGGAUAGCUCUGGUGCCCUACCGGCUGGUGGAGGAGCGAGGUUGGGCUGUAGACCUGGACGAGCUGCACCGAGCUGUGACUACUGCUAGGGGGCGCUGCCAGCCCAGAGCAAUUUACAUCAGCAACCCAGGAAACCCAACAGGUCAUGUGCAGGACAGGGAGACUAUAGAGAAAGUGAUUCGAUUUGCUGCCACUGAGCACCUCAUCUUGUUGGUUGAAGAGGUGUACCAGGACAGCGUUUAUGGACAGGACAAAGAGUUCAUGUCCUAUAAGAAGGUCCUGUUUGAAAUGGGUAAAACAUACUCAGAGACAGUGGAGUUGGUCUCCUUCCACUCCAUAUCGACAGCCUGCCUGGGAGAGUGUGGUCUGAGAGGAGGAUACAUGGAGGUCGUUAACAUGGACCCAGCAGUGAAGAAGUACUUAAGUAACAUGCAAGGCUCUUCCAGCCCACCUGUUUUACCACAGCUGGCCCUGGAGCUCAUGGUCAAUCCACCCACCUCUGGAGAUUCUUCCUAUAACACAUACAUGGAGGAGAUUCUUCACAUUAAGGACACACUUUCCCAGAAUGCUCAGCAGGCAUGUGAGUUCCUGAAUGGCUUACCAGGGAUGAGCUGCCAGCCAGCCAUGGGAGGAGUCUUCCUUUACCCCCGUCUGCAUUUACCUCCUCCAGUCAUCAAAGAAGCCAAGAUGCUAGGAGUGGAGGCAGAUGUGCUUUACUGCCAGAAGUUACUGGAAGAGGAAGGUGUUUGUUUGGGAGCGGGCUGUGAGAACGGACAAGAAGGUACAAACUUUCACAUCAGGUUGUGUGUUUUGGCUGCUCCUGUCACUCUGGAGGAGGUCUUGGCUCGCCUUCGUUCUUUCCACCUGCGCCUGCUGGACACAUUUCCCUUGUAGAAUCAAGGACACACAGUUAGGGGAAAAUGUCUCCUCUGUCAGUAACAUUGCUCUUUACCUUGGUCCUUUGAAAUUAUCAUUAUUAAACCUUUGACAGCAUAAUGUAGUCACACAAACCUAAUUGUAGUCCUGUAUAAAAACUUGUGAACAUCACAAACACUUCUCACUUUCUCUUUUAAAAAAACAAAAGUUUAGUGUAGGUGCUCUAAUUUCUUACUCUCCUAUAUUGACUAUAUUUUGCACUCAUUCCCAGGAACAGCAUUUUGAUUAUGGUUGAUCUAUUUAAGCUAUAGUAAAAGUUGUGUAGCAGACUGUUAAAAUGAAGACCCAGGACAACAUUAUGCAGUGGAAAAGGUUUCAAAUAGAUUUGAGUGCAACUCCUGAGAAUUAAGGCACAACUUUUUCUUUUUUCUUUUUACUAACAUCUUUCAAGUUUCCUAUAUUUGAAAUAAUCAUUUAUUUAAUCUUUUGUUGGUUUGAGUGUUUAAUGACUUUUUUGUAUUUUUGGGAACUAUUUCACUGUAAUCUUCAUUCAGAUUUUUAAAUGUGAUACAUUGCAUCACAUUAUUUUAAGAACUUAAAAGAUGGACUGCAUCAUGAAAACAUCACAAACAGGAAUAAAUAAAAAUACACUUCACUUGUAA